AAGCACGGUAUUUGGGACUCGCGCGGAACCCUAUUCUCGCUAAUACACACGAGGGUGGAAUAUAUGCUGUGGGCGUCCCCCGUGUGAGUGGGGGCACUUGAUGGCCGCAGAAAUUGGGCGAACUGCGAGCAAACAUCUAUCGUCGGAGUGUGGUAAAGCGACGUCGCUCUCGAGUCCCGGUGGCGACGUGGGUUUCGAUAAUAGCCGGGUGAUCGUGGACACGGAACAGGAACAGCGGCAGUUACCGCAACACCCGCAUCAGCAGCAGCAACGGCAGUCACCGCCGCCGUCGCAGCAGCCGCAACAGCAGCAGCAGCCGCAGCAGCAGCAGCAGCAGCAACAGCAACAGCAACAGCAACAACAUCCGCAGCAAGAACGAACAUCCUCGGCCACGGUGCAGAUUAAGAAGACACUCGCUAAGACGACGACGACGACGACUCCCUCUUGCCGGAAUCGCGCAGCGAUCGCGACCGCGCAACAACCAACAGUGGCGGGCAACAACCAACAACAGCCGCAACAGCAGGCACCAAUUAACGCGGACGACAACGUAACCUCGACGGCGGAGGCCGUCACCGAGGUACCCGGCGCCAUCAAAACGACCAUCAACAUCGGCUUUGCGAUGAACCACGUAAACGACCAGGAGAACCUCAAGCAGCUCAGCCUCGCACCCGUUCAAGUUAACGAGGUCGAGGAGAUGGACACACAGGAGGAAACUCCAAAUGAUGGUGGGGGAGACGGAACUGAUAAUCGUCCUAUGAAUGGUGAACCUGAAUUAGCGUGUAUAGUCCAAGAUCAAGAAAUGGAGGAAGAUGAAGCCAGAUCAGAAGCUACUUUUCGAUAUACUGUGGAAAAUAUAUCCAAGAUGAAGGAUUCUCAACUUUCCCCCGCCUGUUAUGUCCGCAAUCUACCAUGGAAAAUAAUGGUGAUGCCACGAUCAAGUCAGACGCAGGAAAGACAGCCUCAAAGAUCCCUUGGAUUUUUCCUUCAGUGUAACGGAGAGAGUGAAUCUACAUCCUGGAGUUGUUAUGCUGUUGCUGAGCUACGUCUUCUUUCUUGUAAAGAAGGACAGGAACCAUUUAGCAGAAAAAUACAACAUCUCUUCUACAGUAAAGAGAAUGACUGGGGUUUUAGUCAUUUUAUGACAUGGCAAGAUGUUCUGGAUCCUGAUAGAGGUUACAUAAAAGAUGAUUCAAUUACUCUUGAGGUUCAUGUAGUUGCUGACGCACCACAUGGAGUCAGUUGGGACAGUAAAAAACAUACAGGAUAUGUAGGCUUGAAGAAUCAAGGUGCUACAUGCUACAUGAAUUCUUUACUGCAAACUUUGUACUUUACAAAUCAGUUGCGAAAAGCGGUAUAUAAAAUGCCAACAGAAAGUGACGAUUCAAGUAAGAGUGUGGCACUGGCCUUGCAGAGGGUCUUUCAUGAGUUACAAUUUUCUGACAAACCUGUCGGUACAAAAAAGCUAACUAAAAGCUUUGGAUGGGAGACGUUGGAUUCUUUCAUGCAGCAUGAUGUGCAAGAAUUUUUACGUGUGCUAUUGGACAAGCUGGAAAGCAAAAUGAAAGGAACUUGCGUGGAAGGUACAGUGCCAAAAUUAUUUGAGGGAAAAAUGGUCUCCUUUAUCAAGUGUAAAAACAUAGACUACAAAUCCACGAGAGUUGAAACAUUUUAUGACAUACAAUUAAAUAUAAAGGGCAAAAAGAACAUUUAUGAGUCUUUUAGCGAUUAUGUGAGUACAGAGAGUCUCGACGGCGAUAAUAAAUAUGACGCGGGCGAGCACGGGUUACAAGAAGCAGAGAAAGGUGUUAUCUUUUCAUCAUUUCCACCGGUUUUACACUUACAUCUAAUGCGAUUUCAAUACGACCCAGUUACAGACUGUUCAGUCAAGUUUAACGACAGGUUUGAAUUUUAUGAAAAAAUUAGUCUCGGUAAAUAUCUGCAAAACAAAGAGGCAACCAGUGCAGAUUACACAUUACACGCAGUUCUGGUCCAUAGUGGCGACAAUCAUGGUGGACACUAUGUUGUAUUUAUUAAUCCCGCUGGUGAUGGAAAAUGGUGCAAGUUCGACGAUGAUGUUGUUUCGCGAUGUACAAAGCAGGAAGCGAUUGAACACAACUAUGGUGGUCAAGACGAGGAUAUGUCUAUGGCUGUGAAACAUUGCACCAACGCUUAUAUGCUGGUUUACAUAAGGAAUUCAGAGCUGGAAAACGUCUUGCAAGAGGUCAAGGAAGAGGAUAUACCUCAAGAGCUGGUGGAGAGGCUGCAAGAGGAGAAGAGGCUGGAACAAAUAAGAAGAAAGGAGAGAACGGAAGCAUACUUGUACAUGACCGUUAAUGUCCUUCUCGAGGAUAGCUUUGACGGUCACCAAGGGAAUGAUCUCUACGACCCAGAGCACGCUUUAUAUCGUGUAUUUCGCGUACGUAAGCAGGGCACGGUGCACGAUUUUCUCGAGCUGCUGAGCGAUAGUCUGAAAUAUCCCAUAGAACAGAUACGUAUUUGGCCAUUCAGUCAACGUUCAAAUCAGACCUGCAGACCUACAUUGAUCGAACCAGACGCUGAUCUUCAGAAGCCCAUUAUCGACUGCGCUGAAAAUCACAAUCCGUGGAAUGUCUUCGUCGAAUUGGUUCCCCCGGAUUCUGACAUGACGGCGUUACCGCCUUUCGACAAAGACACAGAUGUAUUGUUGUUUUUCAAGCUGUACGAUCCCAAAAACAAGAAGAUUCAUUACUGCGGUCAUCAUUACAUGCCCGUUGUGGCCAAAGUCCAGGAAUUGAUACCAAUUCUAAACGAACGAGCGGGAUUUCCAUCAGACACAGAACUUGCUUUGUACGAGGAAAUUAAACCAAAUCUAGUUGAAAAGAUAGACAACUUAACGGAGCCGUUGGAAAAAGUUUUGGAAGAAUUAAUGGAUGGCGACAUUAUUGUAUUUCAGAAGGAAGGAGAUAAUGACAUUUAUGAACUUCCAACAUGUCGGGAGUAUUUCAAGGAUUUGUUCUAUAGGGUAGAAGUAACGUUUUGUGAUAAAACAAUUCCUAACGACCCAGGUUUUACCAUGGAACUUUCAUUAAGAAUGACGUACGAUCAAAUGGCGAAGGCUGUUGCGCAGCGAGUCGGCACAGAUCCGUAUCUUUUACAAUUCUUUAAAUGUCAAAAUUACAAAGACUCUCCUGGCCAUCCUUUAAAGUGUACAUUCGAAGGCACUCUCAAAGAACUAGUUUCGUAUUGCAAGACGAAAGUAAAGAAAUUAUUUUAUCAACAGCUCAGUAUUCGAGUGAACGAGCUAGAAAACAAGAAACAAUUCAAGUGCAUAUGGGUGGGCCCGUCGCUUAAGGAGGAGAAAGAGAUUAUCCUCUAUCCAAAUAAGAACGGCACCGUUGCCAAUUUACUCGAGGAGGCUAAGAAGCAAGUGGAGUUGUCGGAAAACGGAUCGGGAAAGCUGAGGAUAUUAGAAAUAAAUUGCAACAAGCUGUUGCCCGGCCCGAGUGAGGAUGUACCUUUAGAUAACCUAAACACGUCAGGCACCAAAUUGUACAGGAUAGAAGAGAUUCCGAAUGACGAAAUAAAUCUAGUAGAGGGCGAAAUGCUGGUUCCUGUUGCGCAUUUCCACAAAGAUGUUUUCUCUACGUUCGGCAUACCUUUCUUCUUCAAGAUCAAGCACGGCGAACCUUUCCCCAAAAUGAAGGACAGAUUGUUAAAGAAGCUGGGAGUGCAGGAGAAAGAAUUCGAAAAGUUUAAGUUCGCGGUGGUGACGAUGGGCAAGCCACAGUUUAUUAUCGACUCGCCGGACUAUUGUAUCAAAAUCGACGAUUUCCUUCCUAGAUACACUAGUCAGAUUUAUCCACUUUUAAACGCAGGCACAUCGCCACACAGGCCUUGGCUUGGCCUGGAACACGUCAACAAAGCGCCAAAGCGCUCUCGUAUCAACUACCUCGAAAAGGCCAUUAAGAUUUACAAUUAAAUUUCCACCACACCAAGAAGAAAUUAAAUUAGGCAGCCACUCAUAAUAAUUUAUACAACUCUGUAUAGUAAGAGAAUGACGUUCUGAUGUACUAAAGAUCGGAAAACUGCGUUUAUAUAUAUAUAUAUAUAUUCAUUUCUCCAGCCAGAUUAAAUGCGCGAUUUUAAUACAAGCGAAAAACGAUAUCGACAAGUAAAUCCAAGCUUUGUAUACGAUGAAAUAAAACAUUGCCCUGACGCGUUCAGCGCUGUUUUGUGCAUCAUGAGAGAGCGAUGAUAUAGUUCCUCGAUUUGAAUUAUUAAUACAAAUUUUAUGUAACAUCUUGAAUGACUUUAGUGUGUCACUCAGUAAAGAUUUUCACCUAGAGAAUCUUGAGAACAUUUGAUUACAAAAUGCACGUAUAUUGUAUCUAAAUAUUGUCUGAGAAUUAUCUCCAAUAAACUAUAUUUCUUUUUUUUUAAUUUUAUUAGAUCGUGAUUUUUUGUGAAACUCCAGCUUUUAUCCUACCGUAAGAUAUAUAAAUAUACAAAAUUUGUACGUGUAGUCAUAAGAGGUACUGUAUUAUGUUCUGCAUGAUGUAACAUCUAACACUUGUAACAUCGUUGGCGAAAAAAGAUUAAUUACGCUCCUCUCUUAUACUGUAUCUAUAUUCAAGAUAUUUGAAACGCAAACUUGUCAUUUAACGUUGUACUAAACUGUGCAAAACUUUACACUGAGAUUGUGUGAAAGUAUAUAAUGUUUCUCAUUAGAACAUUCCGACAUAUAUGUCCUAAGUUAAUUCCUUUAUUAAUUCGAAAUAUAUAUAUAUAAUUCAA